CAUUUCGUAACGCGGCGCUGGAGCUGCGCAGCAGUCUGGAGCCGGUCACCGCCGAGAGAGGAGGGCGAGGAGAGAGCUGCUAGCUAGCUGAGUGCUGACUGUCCCGCACGCCCGCCUGGCUGAGCCCGCACCGAGACCCGCACCCCAGGUAGCUCCGCAACCACAGCCAUGAGCGGCUGCCGCGUCUUCAUCGGCAGGCUGAACCCGGCAGCCAGGGAGAAGGACGUGGAGAGGUUCUUCAAGGGGUACGGCCGUAUCCGGGACAUCGACCUGAAGAGAGGGUUUGGAUUCGUGGAAUUUGAGGAUCCAAGGGAUGCAGAUGAUGCUGUCUAUGAGCUGGAUGGAAAGGAGCUUUGCAGUGAGAGGGUUACAAUUGAGCAUGCAAGAGCACGCUCUAGGGGUAGAGGCAGAGGGAGGUACUCUGACCGUUUUAGUAGCCGUCGUCCACGGAGUGAUAGGAGAAAUGCCCCACCUGUAAGAACAGAAAAUCGUCUCAUAGUAGAAAAUUUGUCUUCUCGAGUCAGCUGGCAGGAUCUCAAAGACUUCAUGAGACAAGCUGGGGAAGUAACCUUUGCAGAUGCACACAGACCUAAGUUAAAUGAAGGGGUGGUUGAAUUUGCCUCUUAUGGUGAUUUAAAGAAUGCUAUUGAAAAGCUUUCUGGUAAAGAAAUUAAUGGAAGGAAAAUCAAACUAAUCGAAGGCAGCAAAAGAUACAGGUCCAGAAGCAGGUCACGGUCUCGUAGCAGAAGCUCAUCCAGGUCUCGUAGCCGCUCCCGUUCCCGCAGCCGCAAGUCUUACAGCAGGUCAAGGAGCAGGAGCCGGAGCAAGUCUCGAUCAGUUAGCAGAUCUCCAGUGCCAGAGAAGAGCCAGAAACGUGGCUCCUCCAGCAGAUCUAAGUCCCCAUCGUCUGUGGAUCGGCAAAGAUCUAGAUCGAGGUCCAGAUCUGUUGACAGUGGCAAUUGAACUAUAAAUAACUCGCCCUCGGGGGGGCCUUUUUUAAACCAUACUUGCUAAAACUGUGGUAAGUAUGUGACUUUCUGUGGGGAGGGGUUUGGAUGGGGAGGUGGGGGGGGGAUGAGGAAAAGAUCUUUGUAGAUGUGGACCAUGGUGGGAAGGGUUAUUGAUUAAUUGUAUUAAAUGUUUUUGAUAACCCUUUUCUUGCUCACAUUUUUUUGUGACUGUCUGAAGUGUAUAGUUUGUGUAUAUUGGCAGAGCUCUUUAUAACUAAAGCAAACAAACGUUUUGUACUUAAAAGUCAUCUGAACACUUGAUUCCCAGCAUACUCAACCGUGAGUAGCAACUGGGGACAUUAGUAUCUCAUACUAAUAGCUUUAGGCAUUUAAGAGCUCUACAUGUGCUGUACAUAAGGCUUUAUUUCAGAGGGUAUUUUUUUGUGCUUUAGAACCAUUGUUUCACUUAGAGGUCAGCAGAUUACCUGCUGGUCGGUACUGGUAAUAAAUCUAUUUUUAAAGCUUUUCAUUUAAUAUGACUUGCACUACACUGAAGAUGCCCAUUUCACUGCCCUGUGGUAUUAAUACUCUAUAGAGCACGCUAAUUCUUGAUACUGAAUUAAAUAACUGAUAAAGUAUAAAGAAACCAUG